GAUCGUUCCCACAAUACACCACAGGCAUAGUAUAUAUCCACACACGUUAAUAACUGUAUUAUUACAAUCGAUUGGUCCACUGCGGACAGCAAAAAGUUUCGUGAACUUAACCGUGACAACCAUUUCCGGUCGUGUCGCACUUUCUUGGCUCUGAGGAAACUAUCGAUAUUUCUCUCUAGGACUCAAAAAUUCUGACUAACAUCAAAGAAGAACUAUAAGUAGGAAUAGCCGCAUUUAACUUCUGAUUUUGGCGGCAAAGAUACUUUUAGCAGUGUUGUUAAUAUCUCUUUAAUAGGCGCCAUUCCUUGGAUUCGGGCGUGACCCAUGUUUGCGGUCUACAUACACAAACAUACACAUCCAGUAAUCUCAGAAUGGACUUACAAACGAGGACUCCAUCGUUUUAAUACCACACCACAUCACGGAUAUCAACACCAAUGUGUAACUGGUGGAUGGGAUAACUUUAAAUUUCAGUUUUGUCUACAAACAAGUCGAAUAAGGCCCUACCAAUUAAUCAGGUGCAUUAGCUCAUCCGGAUCAUGGCCCUUGAACUUCCUUUUAACAACUGGCCUUUCUCCUCGGCCAAUGGUGGCCGCCCUGGACAACAGAACCAACAGAAGACCUUUAAGAGAUAUGAUAGAAAUGAGUCUCCUUUCAAAGACAUCAGUCCGAUCCCGACUGGUCGUGACUUUGGAACUUUCCCAAUCGUGGAUCGUCAACCUAAGAAUGUUGCUCGCAAAGAGGCAACACAGAAUCUAAACAUCCGUGCCAGCAGAGGGUUCCUGCCUCCCGAGGAGUUGACCCCCGAGAACCAGUUUCUCCCCAUUCCUGAGAAUGAUGAUGUUACUCGUCAUAAUCCACUCCAUGAGCCUGCAAUUGUCCAACAGGAACCUGAGAUUCAACUUGAGACAGGAACAAAAGAACCAUGGAGAGGACUGUCUCUGAUGGAUCGAUACAGAGAUUCCAAACGAAAGCCUAAGCCGGUUAGACGGACCAAUUCAUUGCUAGAAUUCUCGGAAUUCAUUCUUCAGCAAGAGGAUGGAACGACUGUCCAACCAGGACAGAACCCUCCUCGUCAUUUCCCAUCUCCAACACAAAGGCGGAGACAACCGCCCGCCAUGACCGAGCAACAGGCUUUGAAAAGGAUGGAUCUCCAACAAAAACUAGCAUACCAUCUGUAUAACAGUGACACUGGCAGGCAGCCGAACAGUGGUCUUACCGGAGGUCAGCUUUAUAGUAGUGGACGUAGACGAGCUAAUGGAGGUCUCAAGGCAAACCAGAGGAAUGGUCUUGAAAAUGGUAUCCAGCAACCAAGAGUUGUGCCUUCACUGAUCCCAACAGCCCAACCGAUCAACCACCAGCCAUUCGAUGAUAUCCCAUACCUACCUAGAAAAAACAGGCGGACAGAAUCUCAAAGAAAGGAGAGAAAGAUUUUGUGUUGUGGAAUCAGUCUUGUGCUUACUGGUCUCAUACUCUUGUGCGGAUUCAUCGCUAUGUUUGUAGCCAUUACCGUUCUCAACGAUGCCUGGCCGAACAGCGGUCUUGUGCUGGUAGGUGUGGUCUUCGGUCUCUUGGUAAUGGUUGUUGGAUUCAUCUUCGCCUGCCAUAGUUGCUUUUUUAUUGAGAAGGAAGAUGUUGAUACCCCUGCACAUGUCUCUAGCUAUCCUCCAGUGUGGCAGCAUUCUCUUCAGAGGAGUACCAUUGAUCGUCAAGGUGCUUCUGAUGCCAUCCCUGUAACAGACUUACCUCUUGUUGGGGAUACUUACAACGAGCAACCACUUGAACCGGAAGUCAUUGUGACCGACGGAAACGUCGGUGAAACCGUCUUACCAAGCAUGCCUAACGGUUCUGUACCUGUAUCCAACGGGGUUCCAACACCGCUUGCCUUCGCUGCUCCAUUUGCUACAUCGCCGAAUGACUAUCAUAUGUAUUAAUCCUUUGCAUUCUGGCAUGUCUGGAGGCUAGUACAAAUAAGAUGUGAAUUAUAGAAUUCACAUGAUUCAGAAAUACAUUGGGUUAACUACGACCUGUUUCACCUCGCGAUAGUAAGGAUUCAAAGCAAAGCUUUUGCAAUUGAUAGAAUUUUGACACAUUGUCAACAUGGUCAAUGGUGAUUUAUCUAAACAAAGAUGUAGAAGAGAAUUUUUGGAUCAUGCUUAAACAUGGCACACCUGAAGGGGGCAGGCACUACAGCUUUGACAAUCCUGAAUAAAAGUUUAGGCAAGCUGCAGCUUGCCUAAACUUUUAUUCAGUCAUUAAUCACAUUGAUUGUUUUAUGAACUAUAUCAUAAGACGAUUAAAUACAAAUUCCAAUGUAGGUGUUUCCAAAUGAUGUGAACUCGAGAGAGUGAGAGAGAAAGAAUGGGGACGAGGGCAGGCGUUAUGUUUACAAUUAAAGCAUCUUCCGUACUGUAUUUGAAGAUUCCUUUUAGAUUGUCAAUAGCACGAAUGCAUGACCAAGAAAUAAAAAUUAUCAUCAUUAUUUUCAAGAGAUAUUUGAAUAUGUUAUCACGGUGAUUCAUAACUCUCAGAGUGCCGCCGGGUUUUCAUUCAUUUAAAUAUUCUUCUUUUUUUUCAUGAGAAUUAUUUAACACAGUCCGAAUGAGAUUAAAAGAAGAAAGCAAGAAUGUAAUAUUUCACAGUUUCAUUCCACGAAAUAAAUCCUCUCUUUUCAUGUAUUUUGUUAGUGUUUUCAGAAAUUGUGAUAUUUUGAACAAGUACAUUAGGGCCUUCACAAAGAAUGAAUUUAAACCAAAAGGAAUUUGCACUGUUCUGUUUCAGAUGGGGGUUAUUUUUCUCACAGUGUAUACUUUAUUACUGGAUAGAUAAUUACCAAUUAUCAUUGUACCUUUAUAGUAUAUAUAUACAAAAAUUUUGUUUACAUUAUUGUAUAUAUAAAAAAAAUGGAAUGCAUGCAAUUCUAUUAGUCUUAUUCAUACAUUCCGCAAACUAUUCAACCGUGUUCUUUCAUUAUUUACGAAAGGUAGAGGGAUGAAUAUAAACUUUAUGCGAGUCCUAUUACAAUAUAUUCAGUGAUGAACGACAAUAUACACUUGUAUUUAAGUUAAGGAGUAUGCAUUUAAAGUCCAUAUUUUCUUUAUUGUUCGAAAUAGUAAUCAGCAACAGAUAUCUUUCGAAAAUUUGUUUUGCCCAAUUUAUCGUUGACCCAGCAACCACUGUGCAGCACCAGAUCGACGUAGCUCUAUCCCUUGAAUUGUUGAAUGCCAAACAGGGUAGCAGCAACUCACGUCUUUUAACGUAUUUUGGUCUGACGCGGCAGGGGUUUGAAUUACCGACCUCAUGGUUGUGAGACGGAUGCUCUGGCAACUGAGCCAACACACCGGUUACUGAUUUCUUACUGAUUGGUAAAUGAUAGUCCCACCUCAUGAUAUUCAUAAUCAUGGAUGUAUAUAAUAUAUUUUGUCUCUACAUCGACAUCUAUUAUGUAUUUUAGAGGUACACGAGUCGUGAAAAGGACAGUAAUUAAGUACAGUAUGUUAUUAUAACACGCCCAUUUUAAUUGAUCCAUUUAUGUUUUGAAGUGUGUUGUUGACAAAAUAGAAUAAUUGUACCAGAAAGAGUUAAUAGAUGACUACACCCUUGUCUUU